GCGGGGAUACUUACCACUAUACUCACUCUUCCCCUACUCCCCGUGUGACUAAGAUGGGUGGAGGUCAGUCUAAGCAUACCCCCACACCUCCAAAAGACACCCCUGCAUACUACGUUUACAUGCAUUAUGGUCCAAGGACCUGUAAGUAUGUGACAGAUUGGAAUCUUUUCACACGUGCUAAUUUAUCUAAACAAUUCCCACGGGAAGGUACUUUUGAUUUGGAUAAGAUUUUGUGCCUCAAACCCUUAAAUCAUCAAAAAUCUCUGGUAUACAGUGGAAGGCAUUUGUCUAUUGGUGGGAGGAAACUACAAAGAAACUCCAUGAGUCUAGAGUGCAGAGUCUAAAGGACUCCCAAGGAAAAUUAAAAACUCAAGUGCAGGAUUUAAAAUUAAAAUGCAAGACAUCUGGAUGUCUUCCCACUAAAUCUACUUCCCUAAAUCUACUUCCCUAACUCCUUUGGCUCCUUUAUAUCCCCAGUUAAUAAAGACUGAGAGUGAGGGGGAAACAGCUGAAGACAAUGUGGAUUUUUUCUGCAGUGCUCCGCCGCAGCAGCUGCUGCCCUCUUCCUCCCCCUCCUCUCUGCUUUUGCUGGCUGGGUCUUACACACCCGGAGACUGGGUCUACAUAAAGGUCCAUCAGCGAAAGAAUACUCUAGCCCUGUGCUGGAAAGGCCCUUAACAGGUUCUGCUAACCACCAACACCGCUGUAAAGUGCCAAGGACUGUCUACCUGGACGCAUGCUUCUCACUGCAAAAGGACCCCUCCACCUUGGGAUGACUCACUCCCGACUACUGAUAAGUUUCUCUCUUCUUCUAGUCCUGUUUUUCCUUCUGCAGGCCAACUGGGGAAGAGGGCAAGGUGAAGUACUGGUAACCUCUCCCUUGCCCACUAACAGUCCUGCAGCCAACAGAACCAAAACAUUGCAGGGUGAUGUGCUAGAAACCUCUCCGCUGCAUGAUGCUAAACCACAACUGUUUCAUGAACGAAGAAGAAAUAUUCGCUCUGCUAACAUCCAAGAAUUCCUGACCACAAAGGACAUUAAGAACUGGCCCUGGUGGAAAAGGCAGAGCAUUAUACACUGGCAAGGAGGGACUUGUGGAACCCGCAGUUGGGAAUGUGGUGUUGAAUGGCUUGGUGGGUUUCUUCCAGGGUCCGCGAUCUGUGCCUAUGGACAAAUACCAUCAGAGUGUACGGCCCUCCCUAAUUGGCUUUCAGAGGAAGAAUACCAAAAGCGCCUCGAUACCACUGUCCACACCACCUCCUCCACCUCCACUAUCAUCCUGGUAACGUACCCAAAAAUGGACAAUACUAUACAUUCUGAUGAAAUCCAAUGGCCAAGGCCUUCACAUCUUAGUGAUUUAGCUAAGUAUUGUCUGAAAAAUUUAUUCUUUGAGGUUCUGAAUUUCUCAUAUGAGCAAACAAUUGAAUGGAAAACAGAUGAAACAGUGGAGAUAGAGGUAUAUAGGGCCACUCCAGAUGGGCUUGAGCCGACAAAAUCCGUAAUUAAGAUUAGAGGAUUUUCCAGUGGGGUUGAUAUGAUGGCCAAGCCCGGGAUUUGUAGUAUACCAGGUGGAAGGGGCCCCUAUUGUUAUCUGGUUACCCAAUUAGUCAAUGAUCAAAUUUACACUCAGAGAAUGUGUUCUCUUACUGGAAAAUUUACUUGUAUUAAUUGUAUUAAGAUGAUUAAUAAUUUGACUUGCGCUAUAUUCCAAUAUACUCCUUCUUAUGUUAAUAGUAGUAUUGUUUAGAAAUAUAUUAGUUAUUAAUCAGCAGAUGUGGUACGCUACUGUGUCUAAGAGGUGCUAGAAUAUCGUUGGACAAUAGU